UGAGUUGUUGCGGACAAAAAGAGCACGAAAGCGGAAAAAGGGAAAACGGGAGGAAGCCACAGCCGGAGCAGCCCGCCCGUCCGCCCGCCAUUCUUGCCGAGUCGAGUCCACGCGACCACGCCCCCGGCCGCGGCGAGGCGGCGCCCUCCUUCGGUUCUCGCCUCCGGAGUCGCGGAUCGGUAGAGGAAGCGAGGGGAUUCGAACGGCGCGGCCAUGGACACGACCACCAGGGCCGCCAAGAUCCCGUCGUUCCACCAGACGGAGAUCAACUGGGACAACCUCGACAAGACCAAGCUCUACGUGGUGGGCGCUGGCAUGUUCAGCGGCGUCACUGUGGCGCUGUACCCGGUCUCGGUGGUCAAGACCCGGAUGCAGGUGGCCUCUGGGGACGCCUUGAGGAGGAAUGCGCUGGCUACCUUCAAAAACAUCCUCAAGGUGGACGGUGUGCCAGGGCUGUACCGAGGUUUUCCUACUGUUAUCAUCGGGGCUGUCCCAACUAGGAUCAUCUUCCUCACGGCGCUUGAGACAACCAAAGCAGCCUCGCUCAAGCUUGCUGAGCCCUUCAAGUUGUCAGAACCGGUGCAGGCUGCCUUUGCCAAUGGCCUUGCUGGUCUGUCGGCAUCAACAUGUUCACAGGCUAUUUUUGUGCCGAUUGAUGUGAUAAGCCAGAAAUUGAUGGUUCAAGGAUAUUCUGGUCACGCCAGGUAUAAAGGUGGAAUAGAUGUUGCUCGAAAGGUCAUAAAGGCUGAUGGGAUUAGGGGGCUGUACAGAGGAUUUGGGCUGUCUGUUAUGACCUACGCACCAUCUAGUGCUGUGUGGUGGGCGAGUUAUGGAUCCAGUCAGCGCAUAAUUUGGAGUGCUCUUGGCCAUUGGCAAAAUAAAGAAGAGGCUCCUAGCCAAAUGAAAAUAGUUGGUGUUCAAGCGUCAGGUGGAGUUAUUGCUGGUGCAGUGACCUCUUUUGUUACAACUCCCAUAGAUACAAUCAAGACCAGGCUCCAGGUAAUGGAUAACGAAAAUAAGCCAAAAGCUGGGCAAGUAGUUAAAAGAUUGAUUGCUGAAGAGGGAUGGAAAGGUUUGUACAGAGGGUUAGGUCCAAGAUUUUUCAGCUCAUCAGCUUGGGGUACCUCGAUGAUAGUAUGCUACGAAUAUCUGAAGCGCUUGUGUGCUAAAGUUGAAGAGGUCUGACUUCUGAGUCGCCUUAAAACCAAUGCAAUUUCUACAAUGCUGGAAGUUGUAUUAGCAGAAGUGAAAUAAUGCUGUACGUCAACAACAGUGACACCCUCCUGAAGCUCCAGUUCUUGCUGACAUAGGCGGAAGCAUUAAGCAUGGAUGUUUGACGGUGUUAAAGACUUAAUUUGUUGCUAGACAAUAGUCCUUACAAACUUUGGUUCUCUGGGCAGUAUUUUCGAAAAUACAGGGGCCCUUAUUUUUUUUGCCCUCUUACGUUGAAUAUGGAUUAGGAAGAUUAUUUUAGAUGGACAUAUAAACGAGAUCAGAUGUACACACUUCUCAUUCUUUAAAACAUCAAGGCUUGCUAUGGCGAUGCUGGAUGAUAGAAACCAGUUGUAAUGACAUGGAGCGAUGUUUCCAAAAGAUGCUCGUUUUGACUAUUUUAUUUGCCAAUAUACAUGUGGUUCCAAUUGUCCUUUUGAUCUGUA